AUGAUGCAAUCGCCACCGCCGUACGUGCCCUUUGUGGAGUAUGUCCUCAAGGCACUCGAGCAUCCGCCGUACAUGUAUGUUGCGAAGCUUGCUGCGUGCUGCACAAUGCUUUUCCUCACACGUGAAAACCCAGAGCUGCUAGAGGAGCUGUGCCACAAGUGGGCGAUUCGCUUUGCGCAAGACCGCUUGCGUCUCGUUCAGCAUAUUCGAAAACGUGCCUCCUACUGUAUCAAUUCCCCUGACACCACCUGCGACUUUGGGUGCGACGCGAAGGACUCGAGCGAAGAGGCUUCCGAUAACAGAUGUGCAACGCAUCCACCUGAGCAACCCAUUCGCGACCGUGAUGUGGCAACUGUGAUGUGCUGUUGCGAUCCGGACAAGGCAGUGGAACACCUGCUCUCCAUUCUUAAUACUCUGGUACCCAUGUACUUUUCGUGGAACUGGCAUCGAGCCGACUACGUAAUCCAGAUCAACAGGGAGUACGAGGUGUACGUGCGGGAGUACGUGCUGCCCUUGUGCGUUGAUCUGGCUCCCGAGGAAGGUGUGGAUGAUAGCGAGCACACGCCUUGGCUUCUCCCCCCACACACCUACCUGGACCCCACGGAGAGCGUAUCGUCUUUCUACACACUCCACUCAGGGGUGGUUCCGUCCCCUUGCGUGGGCUCGUCGCGUUCCUCGAGCUUCGUCGUCAGCAGCCCCCUUGGUACUGUCGCCGGCACCGACCUCAACAGAGAUCAUAUCGUCUCCACUAGCGACUCAUCAACGGCUAAGGGUUCUGACGUGGGGAAGUUCAGCUUUCCCAGUCUGCCUCAAGACGUUACCGCCGCUUCGACUGCCAAAGGGAAGCGUUCCGUCAGCAUUGUGGGCCCCCUGCUGCCAACGUUCUCGCCGACGUCUGGCAAAACUGCAGCCGACGAUGGGGCAUCCACCUUGUCCCAAAACGCGUUCCCAGUCGGCGUGCAAGCAUGCAGCAGCGCCUUAGGUGGUGCCGUCGUCCCUAUUCGGUCCCCAAACGUCAUGUCGGCCCGCGCCUUCAACGCCGCUGCGGUGUACGGGUUGCGGUUCCUCACCCUGAGCAACUACCGCGACGCACUCCUGAGCAACACAACGGGUCUGGUGAUUGUCUUUCAUGCCAAGUACUCGGCCAAGAGCAACGAAGUGAUCGACGUUUUUCAAAAGAUCGCGGCGAAGCGACUACUUGAUCCGAUGCCGACGAUAGCCGUCGUCUAUGCCGUCGCAGAACCAGAGUUGUCAAGCCUGUACAAUGUCGGCUGGUUCCCAACGAUCGUUUACACACCUCCGCUGCGCUAUCAAAAUCGCCGUCACCACAGUCCGAGCGCCGGUCUUCACACUCGCACUGACGACGCCGUUGAGGAAAAAACGUGCAACGUCAGUGCCGACUCUAAAAGGGACGGCAUAGCAGGCACCCCGGCGUUUGGCGCGGGAACCUCGUCGACGUCUUUGGUACCAAAAGGCCUGGUAAAGGGCUCCGCGCGCUUCACGCGGACACCUUCGUCGCCGUACCUGCGCCCUGACCUCUGCGUGGAGGACACCUCGUCUAGGAGGGAGGCUGAGUCGCCGCCUCGUCGUGGCUAUUCUCCCCACGUCGACUCAGCUUCGCUGCCUAAGUGCCGCCACGGAGAAGCAACAGCGCGGCGCACAACGGGUCGCAGCGACGGGGAAGCAUACACGACGGUUGGGGCCGCAAGAACUGAAGUACUCACGCCAUCGCCGACAGGCAGUAAUACAGGCUCAUCCCGGAGCUUACCAAUAAGGAACCACAGUGGGGUGUACGAGAGCGUCGGUGCCUUCGCUGCCACAUCAGGUGAGCAGCCGAGCACGUCAAGCGGCAAUCCAGCAGACGUAUCCUCACCAUUUCGGCAAGCGCUUAACGCGGGGAUGGGAGGCGCGCCACCAACGUCGGCGGAAAUUCUCUUCAGCACCCUCGUGGGCAAAAGGGCUCAAGGCCACUCUAUAGCCGCGUUGUCGCAGUUGAGCACCACUAACCUCGAGAACUCUGGCGUUCACAGCACCAGCGUGAAGGAGAAGGUGCAGCCGCUGGGAGAACACAGCGGAAAGAUGAGUCUUGACUCUCUCAAAGACACUCUGGUUAGCAGCGACUACAUCAUCUAUCCCUUGGAUGGCGUGCAGACUGUAUCUGCGCUUGUAGAAUGGAUCAGUUCUCGCGGGGCGAGUGUUCCUCGGCUGCGCAAGAUGAACGAGUUCUUCACGCGCAUCAAGUACAUACGCCAAGAAGAGAAAUUCAAGCGGUAUCGCGAGCUGCACUCGGCAGUGGUGACGCUCCGCCGCUUGCAAGGCUGCAAGGAUGAAUUCGGUGUAGCUGGGAGUGCCGGCAAGUGCAGCAAACACACGCCAAGCCCGUUGACACUGGCUCCUCAGCAGCAGCAACAUCACCUGCUGGAUCAACCUGUCUUCAUUUUUCUUGGCGGUGGCAUGGCCGCAGGCAAGACGACAGCCGUCGCGGCACUCGCGAAGAGCAGUUGGUGGGAAAGCCACAAGGAGCAGAGCGUUGUUGUGAAUGCCGAUGAGUUUAAGCUGCCGUUCGAGAGCGAGAUGUCGUCCUCGCAGGCGCACACGCAUAGCACUCGCGCUGCUGAGAACCUUCUGGUGAAGGCCAUCAACCAAGGACGCAGCAUUGUCCUCGAUGCCACAAUGAUGUGGAAGCCGUUCGUGCAGCAGGUUGUCGCCAUGGUGCGCGAUGCCCACCUGACUCUCUUUAAGCAAGGCCCAGGGUACAACAAAGAGACGCAGAUAGAAGAGUACUUUGUCGCCGCCAAAGCUCGUAAUCCCGCUCUGCCCAUGCCGUACAAAAUUAUCUUCCUCGGCAUCACUGUAGAGGUGGAGACUGCCGUCCCACGCGGCUUUCUGCGCAAAUUUCAGACAAACCGCGGUGUCCCCAUCUCGACUCAGCUGCGUUCCUUCAAGCUUUUUGCGGAGAACUUUACCAAUUACGUAUCCCUGGUAGACGAAGCGACCCUCUACAACAACAACGUCUUUGUGAAACUCGAAAAGGGUGAGCUGCCCCCUGUGCUUGCCGAGUCUAACGAAAGGACCCAGUAUAAGCUUCUCGUGCACGACGAACAGGCAUUUCAGCAGUUUUUGAGACAGCAGCAGAUCAACGAUGAGGCCGACAAUGUGCUCGAAUUGUACCCCACUACGCCUGCAACACGGUGA